UCAUACACGCUCCUCAUACACGCUCCUCAUACACGCUCCUCAUACACGCUCCCCAUACACGCUCCACAUACACGCUCCACAUACACGCUCCCCAUACACGCUCCACAUACACUUGCGGUGUGAAACCGGCGUUCAAGUGAGUUUCAAGAGGCGGAGUGUGUUGACAGGUUUGGAUCUCUGGCUGUUAGAGAUCUCAAUGUGUGUACAUGUGUUCAUGAAUGUGUCAGAUUGGUGUAAUGCUCAUUAGUGUCAGACACUCGGCUCAUGAUGCUUGAGGUUAAUUGGUUUGAGUCCAUAGUCUCUCCAGUGAGCUCCACUCCGUCAUCACAGACCUCAUACUGGCUCUAUAUUAUCACCUCUGAUCGUCACCUCAAACUCAAACUAAACCAAACACUUGUGCUUGAAUCUAUGUUGAGAUCUGUCUCGCCCCUGAGCUGAUUGAUGAUUGAUAUGAUGAGUGAUUAAUGAUAAUCUAUGACUUGUGCUGUCUGGGACACUUGUGGGAAAAGUUAGUUUGAUGUCAUUUAACUUCAUAAAGACACAUAAUGGUGUUCAGACAGAAAACUUAUGUUGUUGUGUGCAGGUAGCUUUCCUGUAGCUCAGUGGUAAGAGCAUUGCGUUAAGAAUGUAAGGUUGUGGGUUCGAUCCCAGGGGAUUGCAAAUACCUAAGUAUAAAUGUAUAGGAUAAUGAAAUUUAAGUCGCUUUAUGUGUGUGUGUUUCAGGUUAGGUGUGAUGAUGUGCUGUGUCUCCUCAUACAGAACUACAUUCAUUUAUAGUGAGUGAGUGACACACGAUGAGACACAGACUAGAACUGAUGGAAAGAUUCAGUCCAGUGAUCACCUGAGUGCUGAAGUGAGCGAUGACACACACUUCUCAUUCUUCUUCUGUUGAUUUGCUAACAUCACAUCACAGUUAGUUGUGUUCUUCAGAAAUGAAUUGUGUGGAGAUCAGAGAUCAGUCAAACGGCUGCAGAAUCUCACGAGAACUCCACCGACCUAUCUGAGGUUUAUUGUGUUAUGAGAAGAAGCGAACAUGAACAAACUCUCCAGAUUCUGCGGCAUUCAACACGUCAGCGGCCGUUUGUCUGACAGUCCGAGCUCAUCCACAAACUCUCUGUGUACCGUGUGUGUGAGGUGGGGAGAGAAACACUGUGAGGGUCUUUACGACCAUCUGCCUCUUAUCUCUGGGCACUCUGACAGCUCGCCUUUCUUCCAGCAUCAGUCUGUAGAGAGAACAGAAGUUCAUCAGUCCGUGACAUCUGAAUCAGCAUCAGCAUCAAGUAAAACCACUGACUCUUCUUCUCAAACUCCUUCUGUUCUCUUGUGUUUUUACUGUGUUCCUCUCCUCAGAAACUCCUGCACAUGUGAGAUGUUGACACCUGCCGUCUCAGUCAUGUUUCAGUCAGGACAGAAAUGAUGUUUAAUAUAAGACAGAUGAAAGUGAACAUGAGCUGUGAGCGUUGUGAGGGUUCAUGAGAUCUGUCCUGAUGGGGUUCUUCCUGUCAGGUGUUUUUAUGUAGAAACAUAAACAUCAGUUAGAUGAUAAACACACACAGACUGAAUCAGAUGUGAUUUCUCUAGAUUAACUCUUCACUGUUAACUCAACAGAUUUAGAUGCUUCAUAAUCUGCACGGAUCAUAAAGCACCAUUCUGUGUGCAGUUACACAUCAUCUUUAUAUUUAGACAUGAUUCAGUUUUGUUCAUGAUGUCGAGCGCUUGUGAUUAGAGAUUCAGAGGGUAUUAAUAACUGCUCUUCCACCAGCAGAGAUGUCUGUAACCGUCUCAUGACUUUCAGCUCUGAUGAUGAAGAUGAUGAUGAUGUCCUCACACAGGUGGACAGACGGGUGUUCGAGGGCAGUUUGGAGAGAGAGGUCAGAUCUUCAUCUUGUGAUGACAUCCAGCAGCAUCAGCGGUCCAGUGGUGAUCUCUCACAGACACAUGAGCACACAAUCACAUCCACAUCAUAAGGGUUAGUUUGAGCUUUGUGAGGAUUUAAGAAUGUGUUGAAGAAGUACUGCUGCAUGAACAUUGAAGACAUUGAUUAGAAAUGAAUUCUCACGUCAUGUUAAGCUAAUACAAUUAUUCUCUUCUUUCAUUGCUUCGGUCCCAGAGGUAAUUAGAGAUGAAAUUGAAUUGUGCAUCUUUUUGAGAUGUAGCUGACCUCACUUUCCAUAGCAUCAUAUAAUAGAUCAUUUUAAUAUCCGUCAAUCAAAUUUCCCCUCAGUCUGUUACAGAAUCCCUGGUGACUUCAGACAUCCUCUUCUGCUGGUUUGGUGUAGAUUGAGUCUCAUGUGGUUUCUUCAUCCGUUCUGUCUGUCUGAAACACCGUCUCUGGCUCAUCUGACCAGUAUCAGUCCUGUGAGCUCACGGCUAACGCUAACACACACACACAGGUUAUGAAAAGAACAUCAGAUUCCUCAGGAUGUGUCUCAUCAGGUGAAUGUGAUGAUGAAUCACAUGUGGAAUAUAACCCAUAAUCAUCAUCAGUCUUGAGGUACAGACAGACAUUACUCUCACUCUCUCUUUAAUUGGGUUUUCAGUGUGAGUUUAAUCAUUCAUCUGCACAAUAAAUGUCGAGUGAUUCCUGCACCAAUGUGUUUGAUUCUUGUUUUGUGUUGAUAUUAAGAUGCUCAUGUGACAUACAACAGCUAAAGACAUUCACACGUGCUGCUCUUUCAUCUUCUUGUGUAAAGAAACAGAUAUCAUGAAGUAUGUCCAUUUAUCUGAAGAAUACCAGCUCUGUAUUUUUAUAAAAAACACAAUUUGAGUGAAACAAAGACAAUCUUCAAUAUAUUUAAAAGAAUGAAAAGCUUCUUGUAUAUGAGAAAGAGAUAUAAAGGCAAAAAGACACGAUGAGGUCAGUUUGAGAUGUUUGCUGUUGUCUCGAGGGAUUCUGAUGUUUGUAGGUCACGUCAAAGAUGAUUUAUACAGGCCAGAAAUACAGCUGCUCUUAACACAACACUGCUGUUCCCAUGAGGCCGUGUUUAACUCCAGCAUAUCCUUCAUAUGAAGCACAGAUGGGAACGAUGGCUCUAUUUAAUCACUACACAAACUGAAUGAAGCUGAAGAAGUCACAUCAUCACUGAAUCACUCAUCCAGCGGGCUGAUGUGUGUGUAUAGAUGCAGAAUAUGAAAGAUUUAGACAAAUUCAUUCUCAAGACACAAUAAAACAAUGAGUCUCAUUCUGAAGAGUGAGUGCGCCACAGAUUUUUUAAAUAAAUCACGGUUCAUCAAAAACACUCACACUAACAUUUAUUCUAUCCAUCCAUUUUCUUCCGCUUAUCCUGGGCCGGGUUGCAUUCUAAAUGUACAAAAACAACUUAAAAUCCACGGCAGUUGAGUGACAUUAUGGGUAAAACAUACUUCAGUAUUUGUGUGUUGUGUGUAAUGAUGAGAGGAUGUUAGAGAUCUCAGAUGCUGGUGUGACCGCUGUGAGUUUCUGUUGCACAGGUAUCUGUUUCUAUUGUUAACUGUUGACCUUCAGCUCUCUCAGAGGUCCUGUAAGUCAUUCACGACUCAUCUCAUUACAGGACAGAGAAGAGAUGUGUGCUUUGGUCUUAAGAGCUAAUGCAAAAUGGUGACACUUUUGUACUGAUGGACAAAAAGAAUAAAAAUCCUGAAGUAAUAAGUAGAGAUGACAUAAGUUUAAUGAAGAUCUCCUUCUGUACACCUGACAGAGAACCACCAUCAGUCCAUCAGCGCUGUGAAGAACAUGACGGCCUCAGUAAUGCUCAUCUCAAUCUGGACGAUUGACUGACUGUUGAUAUUAAAAUCCUGCUGGAGAUUCAUAGUUUGGUGUUUUUGUGAUUUUCAAACAGUUGUGUUUGUAUUCAUCCCUGUGACCCAACGGUCCUCAUCGAGACGCAGAUGUGCGUUCUGACAGACCAACAGAAAGAAGUGAGUAUAAACACACAACCGUUGCUGACAAACACAUUUCAUUUUUAAUUGAAAUAAACCCCAUAUCUCCUGUCACCACACAUCAUCUGUGAUAUUUCCCUCUUAAUAUCCUUCACUUACGGACAAAAAGAAAGGAGAAUAACAGUUAACAACUGAAUUUAUAUUCUUAGAAGAAGAAAAAAAGCGCAAUAUGUGAGUAACUCUCGUAUUCAUAACAGUGUGUCAACCAAUUAAUGUAUGUUUACACAAACACAGACUUUAUCCAGUAGUUCUCCAUCAAUCCGUUGAAUAGAGUUUAUUUCUCCAGAUGAAGGAAACAGUUAGUUGUCAUCUUUAUGAAGCUCGCUCACAUCUCAGCUGAUAGAUGAUGUCAUUCAUCUCAAUUCUGCUUUUAUUGGCUCGUUUGUCUGCUACAUUAACCUCCCGUUCACCUCAUGUGUCCAAAACGACCGGCAGUUCAUCUGGAUUUUUCUCUGAAUGUUCUGUCAGCGGCAGGAGUUUAUAACGGAUGCUUUUAUCUUCAGGACUCAACACCUCUCUCUUUCUCUUUGUCUCUCUCUCUUUCUCUUUGUCUCUCUCUCUUUCUCUCUUUCUCUCUCUCUCUCUGUCACUCUCUCUUUCUCUUUUUCUCUCUCUGUUUUUGUCUCUCUCUCUCUCUCUCUCACACUCACUCACUCUCUCUUUCUCUUUUUCUCUCUCUGUUUUUGUGUGUCUCUCUCUCUCUGUCUCUCGCACAACAGCUUGUGUUUAUUCAGAAGGAAUUGAUUUAAUGAAAACCUGCAGCCGUCAUUCAGUCCAGAGCUGAUAUAUGAUCAUGAUUCUUUCAUGUAGUCAGCAGUGACUGUCAGCAGAAUAUCUGUUAAAAAAUAAAACAGAUGAGGCUGUCAGUCAAAUAAAAAACAUAUUUUUUAUAAAUAAAUCACUCUCAAAAUGUAGGCAGUGUGGAGAGCAGAAAGAGAGUAUGUGUGUGUAAUCAUUGUGACUAAAUUAUAGUAUUCAAAUAUUAAUAAUCAAAAUGAUUACAUUUUUCAGGAAAACUUAUUCGGACAAGUAGUGAUGCUAUGGGACCACAUAAAUACCUUUUUAUCAAUUAUUUUCUUAAAUAAAUAAAAUAGAACAGGAAUGCUUCAGUACCAUACUGUAAAUGUUAUGCUAUCAGCUUUUGUUAGUCACACAGAAUGUAAUGUGCUUUAUCAAUCUGUUAACUUAAACUCUACUCAGAGAUGCAAAUCAAAAAUCUUCAAAUGAUACCACGUGAUAAUAAGAAAUAAAACAAUAUGAUAUAAAAGGGUUUUGUUCUUCAGAGCAGUUUCUCCAUUUAUUAACGUUUGCUGCCACCUGCUGCAGUUCAUCCAUAUGGCACAUGAUCAAGUAGCAUGCAAACUUUAUUUAUAGUCAUUUAGCAGACGCUUUUAUCCAAAGCGACUAACAAGUUGGGUAAACAAUGGACGCAAUUGGGUCAAAUAUAAGGACAACAAAAAGCAUAAGAGCAAUAAAAACAUGUCUCCCAAAGCCUACUACAGUGUACAGGGCCAUGAUAAGUUUUUCUAAGCUUAAAUAAGGAUGCGUUUUUUUGAUAAUGUAGAAAAGAAAUCAGAAAUGAUCGGUCAGGUGCUGAUAGAAAGAGAUGUGUUUUCAGAUGUUUCUUAAAGAUGGACACAGAAUCUGAUGAUCUUGUAGCAGCGGUCACUUCAUUACACAAAUGUGGAACCGAUCCAGAGAAGGUUUGUGAGAGAGAUUUUUUUGCUUUUUUUGAUGACACCACAAGACGGCGUUCAUUUGCAGAGCGUAAGGAUCUGAGGGUACAUAAGUCUGCAGAAGUGAAUGAAGAGAAGGGGGUGCAGAACCACUGGUGGUCUUAUAGGCCAGGAGCAGAGUCUUGAAUUUGAUGCGAGCGACUAUAGGGAGCCAGUGUAGCUUAAUGAGUAGAGGAGUGACGUGUUAUUAAAAUCACUUUAAAACCACCAAAGUUCUGCACAGAAUAAUUCAAAAAAGUAUACAAACAUGAGAUAUAAACACAUCAGAUACACUAAAACAAUUAGAAUGUCAACAUAAGGUUUCAGAAGUCAAGUCAAUACAACAGGCCUAUACCAGAUUUAACCAGUCACAAAAUAGAUUUAACAAUAAUUAAAACUGAAUUAUAAUGUUUGGUAAAAACUCAAGAGUCAACACUGAAUUAGGUUUAUUUUGUUAUAAUUGUUCAGUGUGUUCAAUGUUAUAAGACAGUUGUUGUUUUACUCUUGUGCAGUCAUUACUCUGGUACAUUAGUGUCUAAUCCUUUAUGAACCGUUUCCUGUGGAACAUCACUGACGCGCGCGAGCGUUACACACGUGCACUUUAUUAAUUACACACAUGCACUUUAUUAAUUACACACGUGCACUUUAUUAUUUAUUGUAUGAUGUUGAUCAGUCCGGAAGAAUCUUGAGUGGAUCUUAACGUCGAAAGCUGAACUGCCGUCGUGCAGAGUGACGGUGUUGACGUGUUGCUAUGGUGACAGACAGUAGAGUUCCGGUGAGUGAUCGAUCUGAUCGUCAUGGAUGAUUAUGAACUGAUCGGACAGAUCGGACGCGGCGCGUUUGGUCGCGCGCUGCUGGUCAGACCUAAAGACUCAGAUCCCGCGAUGCCGCGUUACGUCAUCAAAGAGAUCAACAUGAGACAGAUGUCAGUGCGGGACAGGGACGCAUCCAGGAAGGAAGUCUCUCUUCUGUCUAAAAUGAAGCAUCCAAACAUUGUUGCGUUUUAUAAAUCAUUUUAUGACAGGAAUAAUCUCUAUAUACUGAUGGAAUACUGUGAUGCUGGAGAUCUCAUGAACAGAAUUCAAUCGCAGAGAGGCCGAGUGUUCACAGAGCAGCAGAUAAUUCACUGGUUUGUACAGAUCUGUCUGGGUCUGAAACACAUUCACGACAGGAAAGUCCUUCACAGAGACAUUAAAUCACAGAACAUCUUUCUGACUGACGGAGGACAGAAAGUCAAACUGGGAGAUUUUGGCAUAGCCAGAACAUUGAACAGCACAAUGGAGUUGGCGAGAACUUGUGUUGGGACGCCAUAUUACCUGUCUCCAGAGAUCUGUGAAAACCGCCCCUAUAACAACAAAACGGACAUCUGGUCUCUGGGGUGUGUACUGUAUGAACUCUGUACACUCAAACAUCCAUUUGAAGGCAGUAAUUUAAGUCAGUUGGUGUUGAGGAUCUGUAGGGGGCGCUACACUCCGGUGUCUGAACACUACAGCACUGAUCUGAGACUUCUGUUAAAACAGCUGUUUAAAGUUUCUCCUCGUGAUCGACCUUCAGUCAACUCCAUCCUCAAACUCCCGCUGCUGCACGUGCACAUCAGCACACACCUGCAGCCACAGGUGUUGGAGGAGGAGUUCAGUCACACUGUUAUACACAAUCACACACCAGCUGCUCCACAUAAAGCCACACAUUACAAAGAUCUGGGUGUUUGUAAAGCUGCAGGGAAUUGUGUGGUGAAGCCACCGGUCAAUAAAUCCAAUCAGAGACGCCCAACAUCACAACAUUACAGCUCCCACAAUCAUAGAAUAAACCCUGAAUGUCCCGCUGUGGUUGAAAAGCCACGUGUUCAUGAAGGUCCGCUCGAACACUUCGAGCAUCAUCACGCUCACCUGAACCUCCUACAGGCUCAACAUCACAUCCAUCAUCAGGAUGCUGCUGGUCGCCAUAGCAACAGAGUCGGCGCUCUACAGCCCUAUCAGCUUGUUGCAGUGGCGAGAGAUGAAUUCCUGCAGAGGAGACGAGAAGCUCAUCAGUAUAAAGUCAGAGCUCAGAAACAGCUGGGUCUCCGGCCGUCCACAGCAGACACUGAGAGGAACACAGACCAACAUCACGAGAAGAAAUCACCUCAGAAGAGUAAAGGACAGGGUGAAGAAGAGUAUCUGAGACAGUUACAGCGAAUCAGAGAGCAGUAUCAUGAUGAGGUCAGAGAGCUGCGCAUCAGAGCGGACACUGAGGAGGAGAGCAGGACAGCAGCUCAACAGAAGCUUCACAGAAACAAACAACAGAAAGGAGUCAUGUUUGAAGUCAAACUAACCGAUGGAGAGACACAACAGGAGACACAGGUGACACCUGAACGAGAUGUGAAUGCUGAUGAGGAGGACCCACAGAAUAAAACAUUUACAAACCAAGAGAAUGUUUACACUGAAGAUUCAGACGGGUCAAAGGUCGAGUCAGAUCUACAGGAGAGAGAGACACUGAUGAAGAGAGCUGAGUGGUGUCGAGAUGCUCCUGAGACGUUAUUGGGUGCUCUUGAGCGAAUGGAGGUGAUGUCACAGAGCUCCAGUGUGUGUGAAACUCAGACAGAAGAUGAGGAGAGAAAACACUGGAGGAGUGAUCCUCCUGAAACACUGCUUCACGCUCUCGCCAACACACAACUCAUCUGCUCCAGCACAGAGGGGACGAUGAUGAUGAUGUCAGAUGAGGAACAGACGAGUAAUGAAGAUGAGUCUGAUGUGGAUUUAGAUGAAGAUCGUCUGGAGCCUCGAUCAGAUGAUGAGGACACGAUCUUUGAGGAUUCAGAAGAUGAGUUGAGACAGCAGGUGUCAGACUCCAUGAGGAACCUCCUCGCCACACACCAGCUGGAGAACCAGCAACUCAGAACAGACUCCAGAGAUUUACAGAAUCCAGCGGACACACCUGACGACACCUGAUGUUAUGAGAGAA